UUGUAGGUUAUGUGGGCAAUAAUAAAAGAUUUUUUCUUUGUUUAUUCAAUUAAUCAUCAAUAAAAUGCAAAUAUUUAUUAUUUAUAUCACUUUACACACAAUAUUAAUCCCAAAAAUAUUUUGUAAUGUUAUCAUUGAAAACGAAAACUGCACAAAGCUGCAGGACGAAUUCGCUAAGGCGGUCUCCAACUUCACUUCCUGCGGAGUUUUUCAUUCCAGACCCAUUAAUAUAUGUGAAAAGUGUGUUGAUUCAUACCUUGAUCUAGACCAAACGUACCGAAAAAUGAAUGAGCUUGCCAUCAAUGAUUCAAAGUGUAUUGAUUAUUUUGUUGGGCAAGACCGACUGCAAAUCGUGCAUACUUUGUAUAUGGCAUCAGUAAAUCUGUGGGAAGAAGCAAAAUGUUCCAAAUGUUUUGAUGUUGUAAAUGGACAGCUAACAAACAAUUUAUCUGCAGAUACAGAAACCUUCUUAAAAUUAUACAAAAAAAACUGUUGUUUGUUUAAAUAGUACAGAUGAAAUAAAUAAUAAUUUAACUAAAAUAUGUAAAAAAUGUAUAAGCAAUUAUUUGGAAUUGGAUCAGUUCUACAAUAAAAUUACAAAUGAAAAUGAACCAAUAGGGGGUUGUAUGGAUAUAGUCGAUUUGAUGAACAACACAAGAAAAUUUUGGAGUUUAAAUUGUUGUGAAUACAGAAAACAUGACGAAAUCAUUUUUUUAUCGACAGCCGGGGCUGUUUUACUCCUGACCCUACUUUUUUACCCCAUCACACAGUGGUGUGUUAGACAGAAAACUCCCACACUCAUUAGACAGCGCAGAUUUAUGGAAUCAUUACACAGCCUUACAACCUAAAAUGGACUGAAAAUGCGUUAUACUACUAAUUUUUUAUUUAUGUAAUGUAAAUAUUAUUAAGUUUAAAUUUUAUAUUCUAUAUGACCACUUUUCGUACCGUUUAUUCUGUGAUAAUAAAGUUUUUUACGCCUA